AUGCAUCAAUCCCAGUGGUCCCAGUCUCUCGACAACAUGGCCAUGCCGCACGACUUCGAAGACCUGCUCGACUUCGGUGACAUUGACCUCGACAUCCCCUUCUACGACCACGGCGAAGCGCAACCCAGUGACCACCAGCUCUCUGCCCUCGCCGACUCGCUCGACUCCCAGCAUCUGCCGCCGUCCGGCGCCAUCCAGCCACAGAACCAGGACGAUGGCUCCAGCACACAACAGCAGCAAUCGCUGCAGUCGCCAAGCACCGUGCCGGAUACCAGCAGCCUCUUCGACUUCUCCUUUGAGAGCGCCUACAGCCACUCCCAUCACCAGAGCCAGCAGCAGAACUUCUCUGCCCCGCAUGACCACUCCAUGCAGCCGCGCGCUUUUGUUCCUCCAACGCCAAAUAGUGUGGAAAUGCACGGCGACGCUACACGCUACAUGCAUCACCUGGAUCCCCAGACGCGCGCCAUAUUAGAUCAGCGCUACAGCCUGCGCAAAGAAGAUGUGUUUACUCCGUUAGUAUCUCCGGCCGUGACACCCCACGAUUCCUCUUUCCAAGUGCAACCCGAGUUCACGGUUCCUGGCGCAUACUUCAGUCCUCUAACAUCACCCGCACUGGACGCUCAAAACAGCCGCGGCGGGCACCAAGCCUACUUCUCCCAAUCACAUACCGCGGAAAAUUCUUUGACAACGUCGCCAAUUGAUCUCGAUGUGGACAUGCUGGGCGAGCAAACCCAGCAGCACGAGCUGAAUCGGAAGUUAAAGAACAAAAGAAGCGCGGCAUCUACUCGAUCCUCUGGGUCCACGGCACGGAUCAGACAAUCGCCGAUAGUAAAACCACAAAGCCACGGCCACAGGAAAAAAGGAACCUUGUCCUCUAUCAUUCCUCCUAAAGAGGUCAGCGAUCUAUUGGAGCAAGUACAUCAGUCGGGACCUUCAUCUCGGCCUGUGCCUGGUGGUAUGGGACUUCUGCCGAGUAGGGACGGUUCAGAGGCGGAGUCGAUAUCACCAGAACCAUUGUCAGAGGCCCUCAUGAGACCUCCGCCUCGUCCGGGCUCAGUCACAGCCUCUCCUUCAAUACGUGCCGCCAACAGCGGCGAGCAACCGCAGCCCACUAUUGAAGGCCAGCAGAUGUGCCCCGCCACGCCAGCCUCACUCAUGCGCCUCCAGCCUUCUCCUCAGAAUAGAUCGCAGCCCAACUCACAAUCAGGGACUCCUUCAUUCAUUCCACAAGGAAGUACUCAGCCAAUCAAUGAUGACUUUGCCCUUCCGGAACCAGCUGCGUCGACAGCUGAUCCCUCUCGUCCUGGCAUAUCGAGGGUGGAUACAACUAUUCAUGAUGACCAAUCGACACCACGAAUGCCUGCUCGCAAAACGCCGAAGCUCGGACCUCUUAGUACACCUUCUGGAUCGGUCCUACCGUCGGCAACCGUUAGCCCCUCCAUUGCUGGCAUGGCGUCGCCAAACAUAACAGGCACUAAGAAACCCGAGAUGAAGCCUGCAGGACGGGGUGGCAAAAAGCGUGGCAGUGUUGGCUCAGCCUUGGUGAGCCCUGCACUUCGACCGAAGAUCAGUCCAAGCAUCAAGCCUCUGCUUCCCGAAGGAGCAACUACGUCGGACGAUACGCAUGCCCUUUUGCUUGCGUCCAAAUCUAACUAUCAACACAUUUUGGAAGGCACGCAUGUUCCUGGAGUUUCAUAUCCAGAAGCCUUGUCCACGAAUCUGACGUCAAAACGUACUUCACAUAAGAUUGCUGAGCAGGGUCGCCGUAACCGCAUCAACAUCGCUCUUCAAGAGCUGCAAUCUCUUAUUCCGAGCCCCACGAUCAAACCCAAGGAUUCCGGCGCAUGCGCUCCUGUUGCAAGUAACGCGAGCCCUGAGGAGAGCGCUCAGAAGAAGGAAGAGCGGCAGAGCAAUAGCAAGGCAAGCACAGUCGAAAACGCGAUUGAGUACAUCAGGCUCCUGCAGCGGAAGGAUGAGGAGAGGGACCGCAAGAUGAUGGAUCAGAGAAGAGAGAUUGAGGAGCUGCGCAAGAGACUGGAAAGUGGCCAAAUCAACUCGGAAAAGACCGGGGCAAUUCGGUCGAGUGAGGAGACAGUUCAGAAGACCAAGGAGUUGGAGGAUGAGGCGUCGAAAGUUGCGGUUGCCAGUACUAUGGAAGUGGGGGGAGUGACGCAGGGUGGAGAAGGGAAACCGGUUGAGCAGGAGGCUGGGAAGUGA